GCGCCCAACGUGGGGCAUGUGUGUUAUGUUAAUUCUUCUGUGAACAAUUAAACUAAUCGCAAUCUACAAAGGCAACAAUUACAACAUUCGCUCGUCUCGCAGCUGCAAUCGAAAGUUCCGAAAAUCGUAUCAGAAUUGUUCGUCUAGAUCGCGGGAUCGUUGUCCUCGCCUUGCUCUCGCCGUUCUCGCUUAAUUUUAUCAUUCGCUUGUCACCCACAACGCAUUCAACGGCGCUUGCAUUCUCGGUUCGUUCGCUUUGCAGCUACCUGCUUUGGUCCAUCGAUCAACGCAUUCUUUCUAUUGGAAUUCCACCGCUUCACUUUCGUUUUGCUUUCGUUGCCGCUGCUGGAACUUUUGCUUUUGCUUUCACCGUUGGUUUUGUGCUCUAGCUGCUGCUGCUUGCUGCGUUUUUUUGUUGUUGUUAUUUUUGGAAGCUCUAGUUCUGUGUCAGCGUAAUUACACUACACAACAAAAUGACGACGCUCGAAGACUUAAAACGCCAACGGAGCAAUAUAAAACGAAAUAUAACUCGGAUCAAACCUGUGGUAGAUGCUAAAUCGGAAACCCCGAUAUGCAAUGAUGAGCUUCGCUAUCGGUUGAACAUCUUAGAAACGUAUUUCAAGAAUGUUUUAAAUGUCCAAGCUAAUAUUGAAGACCUUAGUCCGAAUGAUGAAGGACGGGCAGAUUUGGAGGAUACAUACAUAGCAAUCAAGCUAGCUAUAAGGGAAAAAAUGGGAGGAGAUCUGAACGCCAGCAUUGUUGCGCCGGACUACCACCCACCGCCAGUGAAGUCAUCGUUACCAAGGUUGUCGCUACCCACUUUCGACGGAACAUAUGCAAACUAUAAGAAUUUCAUUCACUCGUUCGAGCAAAUUGUUGUGCGUGAGUCUGGAUUGUCUAAUAUAGAAAAGUUUAAUUAUUUGCUGACCUGCCUCACGGGGCCGGCAUUAGAUACAAUUCAGGCAUUCCAGGUUACAAGCGAAAACUAUCCGAAGGCCCUAGCAAAACUCAAAGGCCGUUUUGAUAAUCCUACUCUUAUAUUUUUAGAAGGUAUUGAGGCAUUGUUUGCACUACAAGCUGUGGAAAGGUCAAACAGUCAGCAGCUUCACAGCCUAGUGGAUAAGGCAUCCGCUAUAUUAAGCUCGCUGGAGUCCAUCGGCAAACCUGAGAACAUUGUUCACGCUAUGGUUAUAUAUAUUAUAAUGGAAAAGUGUGAUCAGCAAACUCGGAACAAGUGGAAGGAAUCGCAGGACUACAAAACUCUGCCAACCUGGCUAGCAUGCACACAGCUUUUGGAACGCCACUGUCAGUUUCUCCAUUCGUCUGGAAACUCGGCUGCUACUUCGUCACACCGAAAGGCUGAAUCCAAUAAGUCAAAUCGUCAUUUUAAUCACCAAAUAAACUCGUCGUUUGCUAUCACUAAUCCGUCUUGUACACUUUGUUCUAGUUCUGGCCAUAAGAUCUCUAAUUGCGCUCAGUUCAAGGCUAUGAACAGCAACCAACGGUACGACAAUGCAAAACGCCUCGGUCUCUGCAUCAAUUGUCUUGGAAAUGGUCAUAGAGUGGCGCAAUGUUCAUCGACUCAUCGUUGCCGAUCCUGUAUUCGGAAUCAUCAUUCAUCUUUGCAUCACUCUCAGCCGCAACAGCCACCCCAAUCAUCAGCAGGACAAUCUUCAACUACUGAACCGGUACUCCAACCAGCGCAACCCUCCUGGCAAACGGCUCAUCAAGCUGCUUCACAUUCUCAUAUGGAGAUCGCAGCAGAUGAUCAAAUUUUGUUGGCAACAGCUAUGGUUUUGGUAAAGGAUGCCACAGGUGAAUACAAACUCGGUAGAGCGUUGCUUGAUUCAUGCUCUGAGGUUAAUUUUGUAACCGAAACCUUUGCACAAAAGCUUCGCCUUCGUCGUGAAAAACACCACAUUGGAAUUCGCAGUAUAGGAGACUUCCUUACUAGUUUGAAGGCUCGUACGACUACCUCUAUUAAGUCACGUACUUCCGGCUAUCAGCUCACUCUCCAGUUUGGAAUCACAUCCCAUAUUGCCUACCAGCCAGAUAGUGAGAUCGACAUAUCGAAUUGGAACCUACCAGCUAACACUCCAUUGGCUGACGAAUCGUUCUAUAGGACUAAACGUAUUGAUUUGUUACUGGGGACCGAAGCCUUCUAUGGAGCUCUAGCUGUUGGCCAGAUUCGCAUUGGUCCAAAUCUUCCCACUUUGCAGAAGACUCUUUUUGGUUGGGUUGUUGCUGGGAGGUACCAGCGGCAAUAUAACAGACAGCCACCAUUGUGCUUGGCGACUGUAGAAGAGUCGAUCGACAAGAAUUUGCAGCAAUUAUGGAAAGUGGACUCACUUGUCGAUCCAAGCGCUAGAAUGCUUCCAAAUCAUCGUCGCUGUGAGGACCAUUUCAGGGACACAACACAUCAGGAUGCCAGUGGGCGGAUUGUCGUUCGCUUGCCAUUUCAAGAAGAUCCAAGUUGUCUUGGAAGUUCCUUCGAUACAGCUGGAACUCGAUUUUUUGCCAUUGAGAGACGUCUCGCUCGUCGACCGGAAAUUCGCUCACAGUAUAUCUCGUUCAUGCAGGAAUAUGAAAGCCUCGGCCAUAUGUCCCUCGUACUGAAUCCUAACUUGGAAGAACCGCAUUAUUAUAUACCCCACCAUUUCGUUCUGAAACCAAGCAGUACCUCGACGAAGCUCAGAGUUGUCUUUGACGCCUCUUGCCGUACAACAUCUCAAAGGUCACUUAACGAUCUACUUUUAGUCGGCCCUACCAUUUAGGAUGAGUUGUACUUGCAAUUGCUGCGGUUCCGCAUGCAUAGGUUCGGCAUCACAGCCGACGUCACAAAAAUGUACAGGCAGGUACUUGUGAGUGAGAAGGAUAGAAAAUUCCAGUACAUUUUGUGGCGAGCAUCUCCAAAUACGGAUCUUCAAACCUACCAACUCAAUACAGUGACAUAUGGGACUGCGUCUGCCCCAUUUCUCGCAACUCGUAGUUUGCAUUACUUGGCUGAGGAUUGUAAGGAUGCAUGGCCAUUAGGGGCUGCUGCUGUUAAAACUGCAUUUUAUGUUGAUGACCUUUUGUGUGGGGCUGAUGAUAUAGAUACACUCUUCAAACUAAAAACUGAAAUCACAUCAACUCUCGCUCGUGGUCAGUUUCCAUUAUGCAAGUGGCAUUCAAAUCAUCCAGGCGGGAUGGAAAACGAAUCUACCAAGGAAUUAAACAUUUCAGAAAACUCAGUCAGCAGCACACUUGGCGUAACUUGGCAUCAACGAAGUGAUGCAUUUAGUUUCACAUUUAAUCCAAAGGAAGUCUAUCCCACUACCACAAAACGAACAAUUUUGUCUACUGCGUCGUCGCUAUUCGAUCCAAUCGGUCUGCUAUCACCGUUAGUCAUUGUCUCUAAGAUCAUUCUUCAGGAGUUGUGGCUUUUGAAACUCGACUGGGACGAGUCUGUCCCCCAGAAUUUAAGCCACGCAUGGACCUGAUACUAGGAGCAUUCAAAUACAUGGAUUUUGCGACGCAUCGAUUCGGGCAUACGGCUGCUGUGUUUAUGUGCGCACGGAGAAUUCGCUUGGACAGGUCACAGUGAAAUUGUUCACUUCUAAGUCUAGAGUAGCACCAGUGAAGAAACAGUCUCUUCCGAAGCUUGAACUAUGCGGCGCGCAUCUACUUUCUCAGUUGUAUAACAAAGUCAAGGCCAUAUUCAGUAAACACACUAUCACAUCUUAUUUUUGGAGCGACUCACAGCUCGUAUUGCAUUGGUUGCAACAACACUCAGUCACCUUAUCGACCUUUGUUGGAAAUCGAGUGUCCGAUAUUCAGGAUAUAACGUCUGAUGGAAAAUGGCGCUAUGUGCCAACACAUCAAAACCCUGCUGAUAUUCUGUCGCGAGGCUGUAACGUGAGCGAGUUGAUUAAGUCUCCAUGGUUUUCGGGUCCUACGUUUCUAGUCGAAGAUUCACUAAACUGGCCCGCCACUGGUGGAAAACUUGAUAUUGACAUGGACGUGGUUAACUCGGAGAAUCGGAAAAGUUUGUUUGCUGCCGUACACGAGACAAAUAAUAUCCUCAACAUCGUCGAUAAUAUCAGCUCGUACACUCACAGUCUGCGUCUCAUUGCUUGGAUGAUUAGGUUCAUAACGAGAUGUCGGAAGCAAUCGACGUUUACCACAACCUCACCGACGCCAGAUGAACUUCGUUUUGCUUCACAUUGCCUUAUUUGGAACAUUCAACAAACUCAUUUUGUAGAGGACAUCCGUUUACUUCAGAAGCAAAAACCAUUAAAAAGCAGCUUAAAGUUUCUUACUCCCUUUUUAGAAGUCGUGAACGGAUUCGAACUUAUCAAGGUUGGUGGACGUUUGGAAUACUCAGACCUACAAGACGGUCAAAAACAUCCGUUGCUGCUGCCUAGUCAGUCCAAAUUUGUAUGGAACUAUAUUCGCCAUUUGCAUCUUCGGAACUAUCACGCUGGACCUAAAGCCCUAGUCGCUCUCAUUCGUUUGGAGUAUUGGAUCGUUAACGCCAGAGACUUGGCACGUAGAAUUGUUCGCUCCUGUGUACACUGCGUUCGCUACAGACCGAAGCUGCUACAACAACUCAUGGGCUCAUUACCGCCUACGCGACUCGCUCCGGCUCGACCCUUUGAACGCUGUGGAGUUGACUUUUGUGUACGCAUUCGAGGAAAGGGACCUACAAAAGCAUACAUAGCCGUGUUCGUUUGCCUUCUCACCAAGGCCGUU